AUGGUAACUCCUAAAGAAGAACAAAUGCAACGACGAACAAAUGCUGUCGACAUCGAUUUGGUCGAUUCAGCAUUACCUAAAGCUAUAUCAUCAUCAGCCAAUAUGCUCAUCUCGAUGCUUGUUACCGGAAUUAUCCUCGUUUAUAGUUCAUGGUUUAUCAUUAUUGCACUUGUACCACUCGUUAUUCUUUUUAUUUUCAUACAGCAUGUCUACAUAGCAUCGUCACGCCAACUUCGUCGUCUCGAGUCGACUACACGUAGUCCAAUCUAUUCAAAUUUUGGCGAAACAAUUCGAGGUCUUACGUCGAUUCGAGCCUACAAUGCUCAACAACGUUUCAUCGAUGUAUCGGACCAUUUACUGGAUAGAAAUCAAUCAUUCUAUUUGGCCAAUCGUGUUGCCAAUAGAUGGCUUGCUGUUCGUCUCGAAAUGAUUGCCAAUAUUCUUAUAUUGAUCACCACUAUUUUUGUCGUACUUAUGCGUGAUUAUUUAACUGCUGGUACUAUCGGUUUGGCAAUUACUUAUGCUAUGCAAAUUCCACUAUUGCUCAGUUUGUUAGUUCGUACGGCAAGUGACAUAGAAACAAAUAUUAUCAGUAUUGAACGUAUCAAUGAAUAUGCAGAAUUAAAAUCGGAAGCACCAUGGGAAGUUUCAGAAAAGAAACCAUCGCCGCAUUGGCCUACCGAUGGAGAAAUUCAAAUUCUUAUUCUGUCCAAUGGUCGUUUGCAAGAGUAUGGUGAACCAGCUCGUUUAGCUGCAAAUCCAGAGUCAGCAUUUGCGAAACUAUUACGCGAUGCUAAGAUUCGUGCAUCCGAUAUUAAACCGAUUAUUUCAUCCUCAUAG